CCUCUGGCGCUGUGAGCGUGGGAGCAGAGUGAUGCAGUGGUUGCAGACCUGGGCGGCUUUCUAUUGGUUCCAACCUCUAAGGAUUAAUGUGGAUGUGAAAGCUCUGGGCAUCUCCAGCUAUUGCUUUAUUUAAUCUAGCACUCUGAAUUUUAAUUUAGGUUAGAUAAUUCUAAGGCUUUCAAAAUACCGUGUCUGAAAUCGAUGUGACAGUAGAAAGCAUCCUCUGUAAGGGUUUUGCAGCAUUUAUUAAGCGCAGAAGGUUUGGAAAUUAAAUAAAGAUGACAAAAUUGCCAGGAAUCCUAAUCCUUCUGAUUGUGGAAUAUGUGACAGUAAAUGGAGACAUCCAGGAUAAUACCACUACUGACUUUUCUGUCAAGGUUUACCAUCACUUGAGGUCAAUACAGAAAGAUGAAAAUAUUUUUUACUCCCCCUUCAGUAUCAUCAUUGCUUUGGGAAUGAUUGAGAUUGGAGCUGCUGGUACAACCCUUGAGCAAAUUCAACACGUUACGGGCUCCAAUUCCACACAAAGAGGUGAAGAAUUUGGCUUCUUCCAUGAUCUUUCUCAAUCAAUGAAAGCAGAUCAUCAGCAGUAUGUAAUGGAAGUUGCCAACUCGUUGUUUGUGCAGGAAGGAUUUCAACUAAGUGACAAUUACCUACAAAUGCUGAACAGAUAUUUCAGUGCCAAUGCUGAAAACGUUGACUUCAACCAUCCUUCUUCAGUGGCUGAUCUUAUCAAUGAAUGGGUAAAGAAUCGAACUGCUAGCAAAAUACAGAACCUUUUAUCAGAGAAGGACUUGAAUGCUUUGGCCCGCAUAGUCCUUGUCAAUGCAAUUUAUUUUAAAGGAAACUGGAAGUCUCCAUUCAGAGCAGAGCAUACACACACUUUCCCUUUUACCAAAGACGAUGAAAGUGAAAUACAGAUACCCAUGAUGCAUCAACAAGAUGACUUCUUCUACGGUGAGUUCAGUGAUGGCUCCAAUGAGGUGGGAGGAGUUUACCAGGUCUUAGAAAUGCCUUACCUUGGUGACAAACUGAGUAUGAUGAUAGUUCUCCCAAGACAGGAAGUACAACUAGCCACCUUGGAACCCCUUAUUAAAACCCAACUAAUUAAUGAAUGGGCAAGCUCUGUGAAGAAGCAGAAGGUUGAAGUGUUUCUGCCAAGAUUUAAGGUGAUGCAGAAUAUUGAUCUGAAGGAGAUCCUGGCUGGCCUUGGCAUCUUGGACCUGUUUAGUGUGAAUGCUGACCUCUCACCAAUGACUGGAAAGAAGGAGUUGUACAUUUCCAAGGCUAUUCACUCAUCUUAUAUUGAGGUGAAUGAAGAGGGUUCGGAAGCAGCUGCAGCCUCGGAAAUGGUUGCUGUCAGCAGAAUGCUAACCCUUAAUCCCCAGGUCAUUGUUGAUCAUCCAUUUUUCUUUCUAAUCAGAAACAAAAAGACAGGUACCAUACUCUUUAUGGGCAGAGUCAUGCAUCCUGAAGAUAUCAAUCCAAAUGGUUGUGAUUUUGAAGCAUAAGAGAUGUUGUCAUUCUACAGUGAGAUAUGAUUUAAAAGCUUCUCAUUUUUGUGCUAGCAAUUUUUGUCUAUGCCUGAGCUUAAUGUGUUAGAGUAAAUGCACAACAAACUAUGAUGUAAACAAUUUGUAUUAGUUACUUUAAUGUCAACUUCAUUCUUAAAUUACUGUACAAACACUUCCAUAUUUAUAUUAAAACCAUUAAUGUACUGAAAUCUGUAAUUAUUAAUUUAAAAAAUUAAACCGAAAAUAAUGUGCUAUUCCUUUUGCCUACAUUUUCACCUUUUUCUAAAAUCUACAGAUGCUGUAUUCUUCCAGGCUGUAAGGAAAUGUUAAAAUCCAUAGUUGUGCAUGCAAUAAUAACCAAAAUGUGUAUUUAUGAAUCAUGUAAUGGCUGUUUAAGGUCCAGGUAAUUAAUAAUGUAAACCAGUUAAUCAUCGUUUUCAAAAUUGUAAUCUAUAAUCAUCUGAAUGUAAUAUUUUUGGUGGAUUUAGUUAUUCUGUAGCCUCUGGAAACUUCAUUAAAAUAAAACUUUGA